UUUACAGCUGGGCUCACAACAACAAUUUAACAGCGAAGGAUAUUUGGAUGUGUCCGAUUUAAUGAAAAUAUAAAAGUUCAAUUAAACAACCGUUUCACAUCAGUAAAAAAUACAUGUAACCUUUCACGAAAAUAAAUCGGCAUAAAAUGACCAGCGACACUGAUUCAUCCGCAUCCUCAUCCUCAUCAUCUGAGAAGUAUAAAAAGCAUAAAAAAAAUAAGAAAAUAAAAUGCAAAUCUGAGAAAAAAAAGCACAGACACAAGGAAAAGAAAGCUAAGCGUCACAAGGAUAUUAAGCACAAUCGUCAAGAAAGGCACCGAGUAAAGCUGGCCAUUACGCUGCCAAUGCAAGCUGAGAAAAGAGCAGAACUUGAGCACAAUGACGACGCUUUCGGUCCAGCGCUACCACCACAUUUGCUCAAAGAUGAGCCCAAAGUCGAGAAGGCUUUGAUAGGUCCAGUUUUACCCCGUGAAUUUUCACAAUUAACUGAUAGUACGAAAGUAGCUGAACCUUGCGAAAUGGAGGUAUUAAAUGAGGAUGGCGAAGAACAUGACAUGGCGUUUUCCUACGGUCCUAUGCCUACACCUGCUGACGGCGAGGGCAUGAUACCAAUGAGCGCCACCCAAAUAGAAUUAGAAGAGCGCGCACUAGAAUUAAAGCUUGCAGCCAUAGAAAGUGGAACUGGACAAUCGGUGGAUGUCAAAGUACGUGAAGAGUGGAUGUUAGAACUACCAGCGGUUGGAUUGAAAGGAGGAUUAGCGGCACUUGCGAACAUGAAGCGUACAUUUCAUCAGGGCAAGGAAAGGCCCGAUUUUAGUGACCGCUCCUCUUGGACAAAAACGCCCCAAGAUGCAGAGAAUCCCACCCCGAGUACAUCGAAGGAUGCCACAAAAGUCGAGGUAUUAAAACGAAACGCUGAGGCCGCAUAUGAGAGAAAACGUGACGAGGAGCAAGAACGAAUUGCUAAAAAACACAAAAAGGACCACAAACGAGAUGAAUCGUUGGUUGAAAUGCAUCAAAAGAAGUUGCGUAAGGAGCAAAGGAAGAAGGAAAAAGAAUUAGCUGCGGCGGGCGCUAAACCCGAGCGUCGACCAUUUAGCCGUGACGUGGAUUUAAAAUUAAAUAAAAUUGAUAAGAAUCAAACAAAACAAAUAGUUGAUAAAGCAAAAAUACUGAAUACGAAAUUUGCAACUGGUAAAACAAAAUAUCUCUAA